AUGGCGGACCACCCGGACGCCAUUGAACGACCUGAUGACCCCGGCGAUGAACCCGCUCGUCGUUCGCCAAUUGAUCUGUCCGCGGCCGUUACCGGGCUGGAUCUGCUAUUCUCCAACUUAGCGGCAGUAGAUAACCAUGGAAAGGCGCCUGCAGUCGCGCCGACCGUCGAUGUUCCAUUUGAACCCAUCGACGAGCCUCUGUGUCCCUCCCCUACUGCGCCCGUGUUGGAGCAAGACAGCUCCAACCCUUCAGGUGAAGAAAUCGCGGCGGUGCCAGUGGCUAAGAAGUCCGCCAGGUACACGCAGUCAACGCUGCCGUGGCCCAAGAAGGGAGGUCCCGCUGGUGCAACACCGGCUUCGCCAGCCGACCAACUGUCGACGCCCGCGACCGCAGGCACGCAGGCGUCGCCCUCAACACCUGGGCCUUCUAAACCGGCAGGGCCAGACGCAACCUACGCGGAGGCUCUGUAUAAGUACAAAAGCGAGUGGCUCGAGCGGUUUUCUUGGCUUAUUCUGCUAAAAAAAGCUGACGGUUUCCCCGCUUUCAAGUGCAGCAUCUGCACGGAGCACGCAGGCUACGCUGGACCGUGUGGGAGAGGCGGAAAGGGCGCCACAGACGUUCAGACGCAGGCGUUCAAACGGCAUGCGGCAACUACCAAGCACAAGGAGGCGUUGAAACACCAGCAGAAGCUUCUCGACGACGCCGCUACGCAGCCACGGAUCAACGGCGACAAUCUCGCUCGCGACACGGAGAAGGAGCGGGUCGUCAAGCUCCUCGACUCCCUGCUCUUCGUGACCAAGCAAGAUGCACCCAUAGAGUUAUGGGUGAAUCUUGUGCGCUACCUCGCGCGACUCAAGGUGCACGGGUUCCCAGCAAAAGGCUACGGAACCUAUUAUACUACGGAGGCCCUCGCAGCAAAGGACGCCGCUGAACAACUCCCCGAGUUCGGCAUGGUGGACUCCCUGCUCCGCCAAGUGGCAGAGCAUUUGGGGCGUUCUGGCCCGUGGCAUCAACGCUUCAUUGGCCUGCAGGAGGUGUUCACGAAAACAAACCUGGAGCUACAAGGGAUCCACGACGUCCGCUGGCUCUCCCGCGGUGACGCCAUUCUGCGCGCGGUAGAGGUCUUCCCCGCGCUGAUCGUGAUGCUGUAUGAGUGGGACAUCACCCUCUACGAGCUCGCCACGAGCUACAGGUUUCACUUUCUGCUAUACUUCCUUGCAGACGUCCUCGAGCAGCUCAAUGUGCUGAACAGGGCAUUCCAGCAGCGUGAGCUGGACAUUGCAAGUGUCCACGGGCAGAUCCGCCGGUCGAUUUCAUUCCUAGAGUCCCGCUACGUCGACUGUGGUGACGACUUUGGAGGCGGGGUGAGCGCGCGCCUCUCCCCGUUCAUCAAGAAGCACGGGCCUGAGGGGGGCAAUCCCGAGGACCUGGACUCCCUGGUGGGAGUGCGGCUGUUCAUGCCUGACGAGUGGGAGCUGGGGAGAGCAGAGCGCCACAGGCAGUGUCUCGAGUGGCUCGAGUCUCUCAUCUGGCGCAGCUACAAGAAGCGCCGCCCAUUCGGCAAUGUGGCGGCACCACCCGAAAGAGAGGGAGAGGGCAGGGAUAGCACGGGAAAGGAGGCCCUAGAGGAGGAAGAGUGGGCAGAACGACAGGCUAAGGGAAGAGAAGAUGAUGAUGACAAGCAGGCCUCAUCAGAUGAUGAUUACUGA